AUGGGUAAAAAAAUUCAAUGCAUUGGAAGAUAUACCCUAGCAGGCUGUGUUUUGGGCAAGGGGAAUUUCGCCCGCGUCGAACUGGCUACACAUGACGUUACUGGAUGUAAGGUUGCUAUUAAAAUUAUUGAUAUGAGAAAAAUAAAGGAGGAUUACUUAAAACAAAAUGUUAACCGUGAAGCAUUGAUUCUUGGACAGCUGCGUCAUCCAAAUAUUAUUCGUCUCUAUGAAACAAUGAAGGCUACAACUUUAUAUUGCUUGGUGACAGAAUAUGCAGUUGGGAGAGAUAUUCUAACCUUUCUCAAAUCACACAAGGAACAUCGACUUUCAGAAGAUAAGGCUAGACCAUUUACACGACAAAUUAUCUCUGCUGUACAUUAUCUUCAUGAGAGAGGUGUUUGUCAUAGGGAUCUUAAAAUGGAGAAUAUUAUGUUGGAUGAAAAUAAAAAGAGUAUAAAGAUUGUCGAUUUUGGUUUGAGUAAUACGUUUACAAUGGACGAACUUAUGAAAACACAUUGUGGCUCACCUGAAUAUGCAGCGCCAGAAUUAUUCUCUGCUGGAGAAAAAUAUGGUCCAGAAGUGGACAUUUGGGCAAUUGGUAUUAUAAUAUAUGCAAUGUUGGUAGGUAAACUACCAUUUACAACUGUGUAUACAGAUCAGUAUCGUCGUAUUAAACUCUUAAAACAAAUAGAGAAAGGUAUUCAACAGGAACAAGAACAAGAAAUGCUUCACCUUACGCAAGAAUGUCGUGACUUAAUACGUAGUAUAAUUGAACCAAAACCAGACAUACGUCUUCCAAUGCUGGAUAUUGAAAUCCAUCCAUGGAUCACCGAGGGAUCCAAAGUUCCUUUUUUCCCUUUUGUUGCCAUGCCUCGGGACAAAUCUCUCAAGUCACAGGUCAUUGAUGAACUUUCGUCUGCUUUGUCUAUGAAAAAAGAACAGAUUGAAACAACAGUCCAUGAAAACAAAUCUGAUGAAAUCUCAGCAAUGUUCAAUAUGCUACUACACAAAAAACGUAUAGAAUCAGGGGUUUAUGAUAUAGAUCAUACAUUAAAAUCUUUUCAAUGUGUGGAAGGUAAAGGCAAAAAGAAACGCUCCAAAUCAGAUCAUACUGACAAAGAUGGAGGCAAGAAAUCCAAAAAUAAAGUUCCACCAGAGCUAGUUUUACCAAAUGAGGUUCCUGAUGAUAAGACUCAACACAGUGCAGGAAGUAAAGAACCUGGAUCAGCAGGUCACGAGACCAAGUUUAGUUCCUUCGAUUUCCUCGCGUUAUGCAGCACUCCAACUUGGUUGGGGCCAGAACGUCGAAGAUCUCGAAGGAGAUCUAGGUCACCUGGGCCAACUUCCCCGGCGCCACAUGCUGAUGCUCCUAGAUAUUGUCUAGCUCCAUUGCCCCUGACAGACAGCCAGGGAAAGAUUGACAGUCCACAUGGAAAGGGAAAUCUCCUCUCUCCAGAUGCUGCCUAUUCUGCCAAGAACUCAGUGCCUCAAACUCAAAAUUCUCCAAGCUUACGAAGAGCCUCCUCUUUGCGAUAUUCCAAACGUCGUAAUCGUUCUGGAAGUAUUGGAAGUAAGCGUAAAACUUUUGGACGUUCAAGUUCCGUUGAUGUCCCUUGUGCUAAAGUGGAAUCUGUGGACAAAGUGUUUCCAGUUCCAACACCAAAAAGUCCAGUUCAAAGACCAGCUAACUUAGUUCUCCAGGAAUGUUAUCCAAAUAAAUUAAAGGAAGGAAAAGUUACUAGUGGCACAAAUGGACCAUUAACUAGUGUUGAGGUACAUUUUACAGACAGUUUAAAUCCUUGCUCAUCUACUGAUCUCCCUAAAGCUCCCUCUCUCCAAACUCGCUUAGAUUUACCUACCUUAGAAUCAAGUCAAGUUAUGCAAAAGCACCUCCCAAACUUGACAAAAAAUAACCCUGAAAUUAAAGAUAAUCUAUGUGUUGUGCGGCCAAAAGACAUUACGGAGCAUUCAAGGAAAAAAUUGCCUCCUAAAAAACCGCCUCGUAAUUUUUUAACAGUGAGUGAUGCGUAUCGUAAUGAUGAUGAUAUUGAUGAUGAUGCUGCUAUGCAAAUAAGUGGUUACAGUUUGUCUCAAGAUACAGAUGGGGACUUUUGUCGAUCUAGCCCAGAACGAACAGAUUUAGUUCGAGACAUCGAACAAGAACUCAGUGACUUGCGUUUGUUAGAAAUGGAAGAAUGUGAGGAUCGUGUUGAUAGCAUGGUGGAACUUCUCAGUGACAAGCGAUCACAACAUUCAGGGAAAGAAAACUAUAAUGCUCAUGUGAAGAUAGCUGAUUUGUGUUUUAAUAUUCAUCCAAAAGGAUGUACCAAUAUGGAUAAAAAGCAAACUGUUGCUGCAUGUAGUGAAUCAAAUACUGAUGAAAUUGAAACACUGCACAGUGAAUCGUCAAACUUUCCAAAUCAGGUUGAUAGCUCAAAUAGUUCUCAAGUUCGGCUGCCAGCCUCAAAGCUCAAAACCCCAACUACACCGACAUGGAAGUUACUCAAAACUCCCUUAGCUCGAAUUGAGAGUUUCCAUAGUGAUGAAUUUGAUUUUUUUAGCUCAGAUAUAGCAGACAAGGGAGAUAAUCUAUCAAUUUCUCCAAAUACACCAACAGUCCCUUGUUUUUCUUAUAAACUGAACUUGGGAAAGAAAAAGCCUCCCAAAUUAAAAUGCAAGGAAAGUGAUAACGGUAAAAAUAAAUGUUUGGCGAAUCAUACAGCCCUGAAAAGUCAAGACAUGACUGUAUGCAGGUUAGAGCCAGUAGUAACAGACCCUUUACUUAGUUCAGGAAGUGAAACAGAACCCCAGGAAGAUUCAAAAGAUAAAAUUUCAUCAACAGGAAAAGUUAAAAUUCAUCCAAUGGAUUUGGAAGAGCAGGACUCUGAUUUAAAUGGGUCAAAAUUUCAAAAAACAGUUGCUGUUGGUUACAAUAGUGAAAACCGCAUAUCCUCUCAUUCUUCUAAUGCAAUCACCAAACAACCAAACCAGAUACAGAAUUCUGUCAACAGGAUAAAAAAUGUAACAAAUCAGGAUAUGAAGAAAAAAGGGGACCAUAUAAAAUCAUCACCAUGGAAACGCAGCUUUACCCAAUUUUUGAAGAAGAAGAGGCCAAUGAGAACACCAAGUAACAACAAUAAUAAUGAUUCCUCAACUAAUCAGAUUGCAGGUCGUAAUGGUCACACUCCCAACAGCCCAGUUAAUAAAUCUGAAACCAAUAUUGUUGAAGGUCGUAGUAAAGAUUCAGAAAGCAGAUGGAUUUUAGCUCCCAAUAAUUCAAUUGGCAAUAAUAUUAUAUCAGAAGUAGAACUUCAGUCAAGUUCAUUAGCUCCUCGUUCACCAAGUCCAACCCCUCGAGUAUUUGAUUUCAGUGUUAUAAAUGAUUCACCAAAAGGUAAAUCGUGCCUUCUCAGUUGGAGAACAUGUCGUGAUUGUGGUAUAAGUGAGGCAUCGUCAGAAGAGGUAAACAUGAAUCAGGAAAGUGAGAUUGGUAUUCAGCUGGAGCAAAAUGUUAACUUAAAUUUGAAUUCUACUUUAGAGGCGAACAAUAUUCAGGAGUCAAGCUGUUUAUCAGUCUAUCAGUAUGCUCCCACAUGAUGGAAGCAAUCAAAAAUAUCAUUUUUACAUUUAUUCAUCUAUGUAAUUUUAACUUCAAUAUUGAAAGGCAGACAGAGAUUACAGUAACAUUUCGAUAACAUCUGUUAUGAUAUUGUGAUCAAAAUAACAAAAUUGUUUUUCAAAUCUUUCUGCUCAUCUUCAACAAAUUGUUUAAAUUCAGUGGAAGGUAAUUGAUUUUGUGAGGCUAUCAACCAAAUAUUGUUGGUGUGUUUUAAAUCAAGCAUUAAUUAUUCCGUGGCUGUGUGGAACCAUAUGAAAGUGUUCAAAAAACUCUUCUUAAAUCCAGUGUGUGUAAAGUCAGUGUGAUUGUACAGGGAUAUUCUGUUUAAAGUGUAUUAAGAUGGAAAAGCUAAACUAGAAACCUUUAAUGGCUAUAUUCUGACAUGAUUUUCAUAAAGAUGGAAUGUUACAAGUGAGAAAGACAAAUAAAGAUAUGUAUACAUAUAUUUUAAGCAUGUGCUAGUACAAUACUGUCAUUAAUUCUUCUUGGGUUUUAGAUAACCAAUCUGGCAUUGACCAUACCUUUCUUAUAAUAUCUACCGGUACUGAUGAUCAUGAUUAUAUGAUGAUUAAUGUACAGUGAAUGGCAGCUUGUUGAAUUCCAGUUAGUCCUCAAUUUAAUAAUGUUUAAAAAAAUGUAAUCUUAUUAAAGUACCUAAAACCUACAUCAAACCUUUAGGGUGAACUUAAAUUCUUUUAAUGACAUUUCGACUAGACUUCUCUAGUCAUUAUCAAGCAAUGGUAAAAUAUGAAAAUAUAACAGGACAAUAUAUACAUGUACACAACAAUACUUGGUUAAUGCAGACCAACCAGAGAUACCCCUAAAUUACGUAUACCUAAAGCGAAUCUAAUUUAAUUAGGGAUUAUAAAGUUUAAUGCUAAUAACAACAUUCAAUAAGACCAAUUUACCUGAAAAUUAUUCCACAACAAGUGAUUAAUCAAUUUGUGUUAUAUACAAUGAUUUGAUCAGGUUUUAAUAAUCACAAACCCUGAAAGAAAAUGAAUUCAUUAAUGAAAUCAGCGACCACUUUACCUGAAAUUAACACACAUUAUUAAUAGAUAGCUUGUUGUGGAGUAUUUACAGUGAUCUGAUCAGAUUUUAAUAAUCACAACACCCUAAAAAGAUAAAAUUUGGUUGGUAUUAUAAAUAUUAUAUUUUAUCUUUGCUUGAUAAUGACUAGAGAAUCCUAGUCGAAACGUCACUCAAUAAUAAGCAGUAAUUGUAUUCCAUAGAAUUGUGACCUGUAUAUAUUAAAUUAUCUGCUGUUGCUGCUAGAUAAAUGAGUUAAACGGUUUUUAAUUUAUGUUUUUAACUAUUUCUAUCUAAAAAUGAAUGAAUAAGCUUAAACAUGCAUUAUGCAAGAGCUAAAUCUGCCUAUUACAUAUCUUUCUUUGAGCCUGAAAUGUUAUCUAAAUUAUUAAUUGGACAUUAAUUAACUUAUCCAAACUAUAGUCAACUCUUGAUGCCAUCGUUAGCCUGGGAUAUUUUGUGAUGGAUAAUCUAACGUAAAAAUGGAUAAUCAAGACUUUGUUGUCAUACCGUCGGUACUGACGACAGAGACUAGCCUAAAAUUCAAUAGCUAUUAUCUCGGUUUCGGGGUGGAGCAAUUUGACUGAAAUUUUCAGCAUAUUUUGUUUUCAUUAUCUAUUUUUUAACUAUUAUAGUGAAAACUGUUAGCUCUUUAUCUAAUCUUACCUAAUUCACCUUUAAUGAACACUCACUGAUUUAUUUAUCCAUAAAACUGCACAAACAUUUUUUUAAAAAGUCAUGUACAUGUACUUCUAAAUCUGUACUGAUCUACCAGUCUUCCGUGAAGUACACACUAUUUAUUUCAGGGAUUACUUUGCUGAUCCAAUCGAAGUUAUGGAUAAACAAGUUGUGUCCAUUUGUUAAAUACAUAGUUUUAAAUCAAUUUAGUAAAUUUUUAUUGAACACAAGACAUUUGAAUUUCAAAAUUUUGUUAGAUUAUGUCAGUACAAUUACAAAAGAAUUAAAUAGGAAGAGUGUAUGUGUUUGUGUGUUUUACAUCUUGAACAAAGAUUCUUUUACUUGGACAAGAUUAUUGUACUUGCACAUCAUGGAAUAUAUGUAUAAUAUAUAUUAUAUAUGUCAUGAUGCAUAAACUAUGUAUCAACAUAUGUAUAUACAAUCGUGUUUCAAUUCAUGGAUGCAUAUACUUUCUUAUACAGACAUUGUUAUUCAUGUAUUUAUUGAAAACCAGUGGCCAACAAGGCAAUGUUUCUUGGACAGUGGUCAUUUGUGUAUAUAGUGUUUCAUAUAUAUAUAUAUAUAUAUAUAUAUAUAUAUAUAUAUAUAUAUAUAUAUAUAUAUAUAUAUAAAUAAACUUGGACUGUGAUAAACAGUAAUCAUUAUUCUUCAUAUUACUGAGUAUACCUUUUUCAUACUCCAUUAACUACCAAUUAGCUAGCCUAAAGUGAUUGAAUCUAUAUUUUGCACAAUAUAUAACUGAUGUAUUUAAUCCAACUUUAUAUUAUCAUAUAUAAUUAUUUAUAAUAUGUAUACAUUCCUUUUUCAUUGCUUCUCUUAAUUGUUUGAAUCAAUCUCAUUUAUUUGCCUUUUUUUUCUUUUAUCAUACAUAAAAAUGUAAAUUAUCUAUGUAUGUUAUGAUAUAUUUCUAUGUACAUUGUAGCUUAAUUAAUUAUAAUUAUAGGCUAUGUAUAAUAAUACAAGUAAAUCCACAUGCUAUUUAUAUAUUGUAAACAAAUUCAUAGUCUGCUUGUCGGUAUUCCAGAGUAUGAAAUUAAAUGAUUUCAGCACAUCCAAAAUACAGCUGCUCAAAGUGUGAUUAGGUCAUAUGAUACCAUUACUGAAAAAACUACAUUGGUUGCCUGUUCAAGCCAGGAUUGAUUGCAAAUUAUUGUCUCUUGCCUGUCAGUAAUUGGAUGGAAGCGCUCAGAAGUGCCUAUGCGAUCUCUUGAGAAUUUAUGUCCCAUCUUGGCAAUUAUGAUCAGUUAAUCAGAAAAAACUUUGUGUUUCUCACUGCAAGUAAGUCUUUUGGUGGUCGCUCUUUCUAAGUCGCUGCAUUUACCAAGUGGAAUAAACUACAGUUAUACUAUUAGACACUAGAGUAUUAUGCACCAUGACUAAGUUUUGUGGAUUUAUAAAUGGCCGUAUUAUUAUUAUAUACUGAGACACAAUGAAAACCCACCAAUUUUAUAAAUGGUUGAUUGCAAAUCUUGUUUUGAGAGAUACACUUUAAUCAUACAAGAUUUAAUGUAAUGUCUGAUCACAAUGAUAACACUGAGAACAAUGUUUUCAUGAUUGUGUAAACUCACCACAAUCCAAUUCUCUAACACUAAAAAUAGAAUUCAACAGAAUUGGAAUGUUGACAUUGAGAUGGGUGGGGGGGGAACUAGGGUCAGUACAUCUCCUUCAGUUCUGUGGAAGAUGAUUGCCACCUGAAAACCAAGAACACGCCAGUGCGUUAACUUGCAAAGGCAUGAGUACCAGAGCCGUCUCCCAAAAGUUAAAUGCCAUCACACAACCAUCCUCAGAUUGGCGGAUCAUUUCCAGCAGUCAGGGUCCACUAGAGAUUGGUCAAAGCUUGGCCAACACUGGGUAACAACGCCUCAACAAGAUUAGCACAUUAUCCAACAACAUCUGCAGGAUUGCACGCUGCAAGUUAUGCCUCAAUCUGCUAAGAAUCAAAUUUGAACUGCAUUAUGUCUUGCCAGCACUUCCAGUCAAGUCAGUGGUGCAUUUUCAUUGUGUCUCACUAUAUUUAAAUACAAAAAAAAACUUGAUUUGAUAAAUUCAAAUACUACAGAAAUAUUUUAAGAAAUAAUUUAGAAAGAUAAAUAAAGGGUAAUCAGACAAUAAUAAUUUCAAUAUUUUUUAUUAUUAAAUUAUAUCUCUAUAAUAACAUAUAGCGUCUAUAUUAUCCUAAAACUGCCAGAUAAAAUAAGGAGUUUUCAUCAUGAAAAUAAUUUCCAAUUAUUUAUUUUACCUCUCAGCCCUCCCCCCUCUCUCCAAAAAAUUAAUAAUUCCAUUUAUUCUUUUGAGUGACCAUAAUAAUAUAUUGAUCAAAUUUUAUACUUAACCCAUUAGGUACCAAAUUGAAAACUCUUAAAUUACACCAGAUCUUUUCAAUUUUUUAGAAAAUAAUAAUAAUCCGUAAUACCGGUUAUCAAUAUGGAAAAUUUAUAUGAUUGCGAUUGUGCAGUAAUUAGUUGUACUUCAAGGGUUAAUGACUUAUUCAAGUCUAUUUAAAUUAAAGGGUUGACUAGAAUUCAUUUUCUGCUGAAGAUUUUCAACAUUAAUUGAUUUAAAGUCAGCAGUUCUGGUACCAAAUUUAAAUUUUUUGAGAAAAAAUAAAGUAUAAAGCUGCCAUUUUAAAUGUCUUGAAUUUUUCUCUUUUUGUUAAAACAAAUGGAAUAUUGUCCUUUGAAGGAUUUCUCUUUUCUAUUUUUACAUUGCUUAUGCAUAUCUUAAAUUGCCUUGUAUUGCACGAUUAUGCACAUGUGUGUACAUGUUUAAUUAUCUUUCUUUGCACAUUAUUUAAUAUGUAAUAUUUUUUAACUUCUAAAUCAUUUACUUACGAUUUCAGUCAGUCUUGUAAUAUGAAACAUUAUGUGUGUGCAUUUAGUUAUGCUGUACACUUCUAGGAGGGCAAAUAAAAUCUCAUCUCUGAAUUCCUUUUUGGGGAAAGUCAAGAAGAAAUUUUUUUUUAUUGACCUAUGUUAUUCUAAAAGUUUAUUAUUAAUCCCAAUACAUGUACACUUGGGGGCCUAGUUUUAGCACUGUUCUAGUCAGUAUUUAAAAGGAUUUUGCUAUAUAAUGUGGGUGCAUUGGGGAACCCAAACAUGACCUGUCUAAUCCCCUAGUGUAUAAUGUUAGUUGAAUUACAGCAGUUUAUGUUAUAGUUAGAUAUAAAUAUUAUUUACUAAAGAUUAUAUUCAUUAAAAUUUAAUUUAAAUUCUGCCUUUAUAGUGUGCUGUGUCUGUCUCUCUUCCAGGAAUUGUAAAAGUGAAUAGGGCAAUACCAUCUUGAUGCCAUUAGAAAUAUGCUUAUUAUUAGACCUCAUGAAUUUCAACUGAGUGGUAUAUUUUUUGAUGGAAAACUCAAAAUUUAUAGCUCACUGAAUUGAAUAUCAUGUUUGGUCUAGGCUUUAUAUCUAUGUGUUGAAUAUUAUAUUUCGUAUGUACAGGUAAAAUUAUAUGCAACUUGCAAUUUCGACAGGAUUCUAUAAAUUAUAUUAUAUAUGUUUUAAGUCAUCAUUCAUUGGUGUAUUCAACAAUUUAUAAUCCUGAUUUAUGAUAUAUAUUAGGGAGGUAGAACAUUUAUAUACUCCCCAACAUUACUAAGCAUUAUGAUCAUUAUUAAUAUAAGAUACAUACAUAAAAGGUGUGGAUUAGUCAUAGUACCUGUACAUGUCAUUAUAAAGUAGAAUCCUGCUAUAAUUUCAUUUCACACCUACAGUUUGUAAGAAAGAGAUCUGUAAAAAGUCAAGAUUUUUAAGUUAAAGAAGUUAAGUACGGUAAAAGAUGCACUUCCAAAAUAUCUUACAUAGUUAUCCCACAUUUAAAUUAUGAACUUUAAUAUUCCAGAAAAUGUUAUAAUAAAUCGCGUAAGUAUAUAUUUAAAAAAGGAUAAAUAUGACAUGUCUGAUCAAAAGCGGUCAUUGAAAUCAUAUUUUCAAGUUUAUGAAGUUAUUUGAAAAAUUAUCAAAAAUCACAAAAAUGAAAGUCUGAGAGAGCUUUUUCAGAUUUUAUUUUCAAAAUAUUCAAAUUUGUGAUUUCAUUAAUGAAUAUUUCCUUAUUUGAAUUGUUUCAUGUGAUUUGAAUUAUAUUAUAUAUCUGAAAAUCCAAUUCUUUGUCCUACAUGAAAGCUGGUAUCAUAUGCUGAUAAACAUAUACCGUUAUUUAAUUUUUCAUACUUGAAACAUUUUAUUGACAGAGCUUGUUACAGAUAUAGAUUUAACUAGAUAAUAUUCACUGAAUAUAUAGAUUAAUAGAGGCAAAUCAUUUUAACAUCAGAAUUUCAAAGACAAACGAAGGGUUUGGUGAAAGCUCAACCAUGAGACAGUUUAUUGUAAAUAGAUGAUAUUAUUAUUAUGCCAUUUUCUUUCAUAGUUUUUGUGAUAUUUGUGUGAUGAGAGAUAUGUUUGAGUGUAAGUUAAUUUUUAUAUAUAUUAUUCAACACAAGUGUUUUCCAAACAAUUCUACACAAAUAUUAUCGCAUUUCAUUCAUUUGCGAAAUUUUGGGAUUAACCUUUUUUUUUAAUUGUUACGAACACACUAGAGAAUCUUAAGGUUUUUUCAAUUAGUAUAUAAAUACUAGUUAUGAUUAUUACAACUAGUAUAUGCAACUAUUAUAGGAAUUUUACUCGAAUUUUCUCUUUUUUUCAGAGUAAAAAUACUGAUGUUAUUAUUACUGUAUAGAAUAUUGCAAUAUUAAACUGUUUGCACCAGGAAUUUCUUGUUUAUUAUCAUUGAGUAAGAUUUGAUUUGUUAUGCAAUUAUAGAAGGAUCUGUUGCACUGUAAUUUGUAUAUUAGUGGUGAGAAGUGAGAGAUAAUUCUGAUAAUGCUGUGGGCAUUUAUAUUAACAAAAUUUAAUCAAUUUUGGAGUAGGCUAGUUACUAAGGAAAUAGUCAAAGAUUGUUCAAUUGUAGUUGACUUCCAUGCUAGGUGCUUCCAUGGAGACCCCCCACAAAUUUUAUUUAAAUUUUUUCUCAAAAGUUUCACAUUUUACAAUGCUGUAUGUUAACAUUUUCUGUAGCAAAUAAAUUUUUCCACAAUGA